AUUAAAUAGUAUAUCAGUAUCAAACCAUUUGAUUCGCUCGGUACUAAGCGGUUUGGUAUACGGAUAUAGUACUUAGUGUGCAUUAAUGUGCUCGGUGUAAACUACAUUAUAAUUAUAAACAGAAUAUAGCAUGUUUUAAAUUUAUAAUCCGCCAAUAUAUUAGAGAUACACUAAUCUGUGUAUUCUCAUCGCCAGCGAUUAUUUAAAAAACACGUAAAUAAACAUUGAUAAUAAUGACCUAGAAAUAAGAAGCCGCGAAGGAAAGGCACGAAGAAAACUUGCCAGUGGAGAGGAGAGGUCUCUCCAUAUCGGUCCACACCAAAGUUUCAUUCGAAGUUCUCAUUCAGAGAUUUAAUCGUGCGUGUUAAGUUCGUAGUUACGAAGCUUUCUGUCACUUGUCAUUAAUUGUGAGUAUAAUAUAAAACGUCUCAUAUAUGUAUAUAAUUAUCAAGCAUUACAUCGAUGAUCAAUUGAAAAAGAAAUAAGCGGCGAAUAUGUCUCGGCGACCUCCGAAAUACGAGCUUCUGUCAAAAGAAAAAACGGAAGAAAUGUUGAAAUUAUUUAAGGGCGAGAGAACUGGCUUUGUACUUGUUAGUCCGAAGAAGUUUUUCUUUCCGUACAGGUAUAUUGAACAGAGUGAUGGAUUUUAUAAUUUCCAAGCUAGAAAAGAAGAUACAUGGGUGUUAUCUUUUCCUAGAUCAGGCACUACCAUGACGCAGGAGCUUGUUUGGCUAUUAGCCAACAAUUUGAACUUUGACGUAGCAAGAAAGCGUCUGCUUAGCGAGAGAUUUCCAUUUCUUGAAUUCAGCAUGUUUAAUCAUCCCGAAGUGACUCGUGAAUUCUUAUUAAUGAAUAAGGACGAUAAGUUGAAGCAGCAGCUAUGCCGAGACAUAGCUAAACCUGGUUAUGAAGUUAUUGCCAAAAUGUCAUCUCCUCGUUUUAUAAAAAGUCACUUCCCUAUGUCCAUGUUGCCUGAACUUUUAGAUGUUGGUUGUAAGGUUGUUUAUGUUGCUCGCAAUCCAAAAGACGUGGCUACUUCUUGGUAUUUCUUAAACAAAGCAAUCAAGACGCAAGGAUACAUCGGUGAUUUUGCUAUGUUUUGGAAUUAUUUUGAAAAUGGUUUAACACCUUGGGCACCGUAUUGGACACAUUUGAAAGAAGCUUGGAAUUUAAAAGAUUCAAAAAAUCUUUUAUUUAUGUUCUAUGAGGAAAUAACAUACGAUUUACCGAAAGCCAUUAAGAAGAUAGCAAAAUUUUUAUGUAAAGAAUACACUGAUGAAGAAAUUCUUAAAUUGGCGGAAUAUCUUGAUAUAAACAAUUUUAAGAACAAUCCCAUGGUUAACUCCUCUGAGUUGAAAGCUUGUAAGAUCAUCAAGGAAAAUAAUUUUGUGAGAAACGGUGUUAACGGUGACUGGAAGAACAUCUUUACGCCAGAAUUGAAUGCCAAGGCAGACAAGUGGAUUGAAGAAAACCUCAAAGAUACCGAUCUGCGUUUCCCGGUUUUCAACGAUUAUAAUAAAAAUUAAGAUAUGGUAAAAAUUAUAACAAUUAAGAUAUGGUACAAAAAAUCAAAGAGAUUUUAACCUCCAGUAUAUAAAGUUUGAUCAUAAAUUUAAGCGUAUAAUUAAGUUUUUAAGUUUUAUGUAUUUAAAAAAAACAAUCGAAAAUAAUUGCAUGGAAUACUUGUGAAAGAAUUGAUAGCUAUUACUAAUGGUGACGCACAGGACAGUGUUGAAAAAAAUGCAUUACUUUUGUAAUGCAUUGUCGAUUUAAUUAAUAAUUGUUUUAGAAAUGGGUAAUUGAAUUCCAGUUCCAUUUGGUAUUAGUUAACAAAUAUGUAAUUGAUUCGUAAAGCAUUAUCCAUUAAAUUGGUAAUGAACAAGUGCAGAACACAAACUUAUUAUGCAUUAUAUUUUUAAUGGAUAAUGCAACCAGGGGGCAAUUAUCCAUUACUAAAAUGUAAUAGAUAAUGCAACAUGAGGGCAAUUAUCCAUUACUAAAGUAAUGAAUAAUGCAACAUGGGGACAAUUACUUAUUACUAAAGUAAUUCAUUAAAAAAAUGCAUUACUUCGGUAAUGAAAUCCAAUAUUCUCAGCAAUUGUUUCUGUAAUGAAUGGUGGUAAAUAAAAUUAAUCUAUAUGA